AUGCCUUGCCUCAGCUCUAUGUUCAUGCGUGAAGAGUGCCGGAUGAUAGAAGAACUUCUGGAGAACUCCUUCAAAGGGCGUCUCGACAAGCAUCUUGGCGGCCUUAUCUCGAGGGCUGCCCCUGUCUACUGCCCAACAUUGGUUCCAUAUUUCCAUAGUGUCGUGGAUGUCAGAAUGAUCCCAGUGGUCAGCCUCUGCCUGUUGGGUUUGCAGUGGCAUGCCGCAGGUGGAGUAGCACCCGACGCCGCGCAAAAGCGCUGGGCGGUUGCCGAGGACGGCAGCCCGAGCCCCGAGCCGGGCCCCUCUCGUCUCCUCCGCAGCGAGCGGGGGUUGGCGGUCAGUGCUGAUGGGACGCUUCAGCAAGGCAUCCUGCCAUCGUCUUUGCUGGAGCGUGAGGCCGCGGGGGCUACCCGUGCUGGCAAUGCCACCUCGGGUCCAGCGAGCAAGUGUCAAGAAGACCCUUGCGCUGACUGCCAGUGGACAGACUGGGAAGAAUGGUCACCUUGUUCAGUUUCCUGCGCCGGCGGCAGUCGCAGCCGUAGCCGCGUGGUAAAAGUACAGGCGGAAGGCGAUGGCCAAGAGUGCAUCGGCAACUCCAGCCAGACGGAGGCAUGCGGCGAAGCCGCCUGCCCCGUGGACUGCAAGGUCAGUGACUGGACCGGCUGGUCUUCGUGUGCGCCAUAUUGUCACGGCACGCAGAACCGCAGCCGCAGCGUCCAAAGGCCCGCCGCUUUCGGCGGCCAGGCUUGCGGCCUGCUGUCCGAGGUGAAGUCGUGCACGAACUUCUGCAUGGACUGCCAGCUCUCGCAGUGGAACGAGUGGAGUACCUGCACUCGGAGCUGCGCCGGAGGCUUGCGAACACGGGCGCGAACCGAAGUCUACGUGCCGCGAGAGUACGCGUCGCUUCUCGAGCUAGGCCUUCGCAGCACGGCUCUCGGUUACGAGAAGAAGCUGGGGGUGAGGUGUGAUGCCGCCCAUCAGCGAACUUUAGAUGGGGCAGGAAAGACGCCGGAAGAGGCGCAGGCAAUUUGCAGCGUGGAUCCAAACUGCGGCGGCCUCUACGACCAGGGCUGCAACAAUUGGCUCACCAUCUGUGAUGUGGGGCUUGUGCUGGAGCCUGAAGCGAAUGCCUGCUCCUACGUCAAGAAGGAGAUUGGCGAUGGUGUACCCUGCACUGGUGAGAUCAGUGAAGAGGAGGAGUGCAGCACGCAAGGAUGCCCAGUCGACUGCCGCCAGUCGGACUGGACAGAUUGGACGGAGUGCUCCCCGUGGUGCUCAGGAAGCUCAAACAGGACGCGGACGACUACACGCAAGCCCGAAAAUGGGGGUGUGGUCUGCGGCAGUGUCGCAGAGGUGCAGAACUGCACCAACGACUGCGUGGAUUGCGAGUGGGGAAGCUGGGUUGCCUGGUCAAGUUGCCCCGUGAGCUGCGGUGGCGCGAAGCAGCAGCGCAGCCGCCUCGUGCUGGUGGAGCAGAGUGGCCGGGGCAAGCCAUGCCAAGGCGAUGCUUCGGAGGUGCGUGGCUGUGGCGAGCUGGCAUGUCCGGUGGACUGUCAAAUGGAGGAGUGGACGGACUGGACAGACUGCGCGCCGUACUGCAAAGGAAGCCAAUCCAGAACGCGCAGCAUUCUGAGAGAGCCCGCCAACGGCGGGCAAACCUGCGGCGAGACGUCGCUGGUUGUGAACUGCAGCAACGCCUGUGUGGAUUGUGUGGUGUCCUCCUGGUCUGUCUGGUCGCCCUGCUCGGUCACGUGCGGCAGCGGCCAGCAGUCCAGGAAGAGGGUCAUCUUGGUCGAAGCAGAAGGCCAGGGUGCGCCGUGCCCGGAGGACCUUCUGGAUGAGAAGGAAGGCUGCAACGCCACCGACUGCCCCGUCGACUGUGCGUGGGAAGAUUGGGCACCGUGGAACGGCUGCCCAGUGACGUGUGGUGGUGCCGUUAAGAAUCGAACCCGAGGCAAGCUCACGGACGAGAAGUUUGGCGGCGUUCCCUGUGAAGGAGAAGCGAUGGAGCUUGGCUCCUGCGCGGAGACGGCGUGUCCUCAGGACUGCCUCUGGUCGGAGUGGGGAGCCUGGGGCAAUUGCACUCGGCUGUGCGGCGGCGGCACGCAGUCGCGUUACAGACACAUUACGCAGGAUGUGAUGGGAGAGGGCACGAACUGCACCGGUACGGCCCAUGACGAGCGCGACUGCAACGAGGACGCCUGCCCAAAGGACUGCGAGUUUCUGGAUUGGGCGGACUGGAGCAGCUGCUCAAUCACUUGUGGGGCUGGCGGCAACAAGACCCGGUCCCGGAAGGUGGACGCCGAGAUCAAUGGAGGUGAGCCAUGCGAUCCUGCAGUUCCGCUCCAGGAGGUGAUCGAGUGUGGCACUGCUGGGUGCCCACGGGACUGCGUUUGGGGCGACUGGGGGAUCUGGACCAACUGCAGCAAGACAUGUGGCCUCGGGCUGAACGCCGGGAUCACCACACGCCACCGGGUGCAAAGUGUCACCGCGGCAUUUGGGGGGAAGGCCUGCCAGGGCAAGACCGUCCACACGACCCGCUGCAACGAGGUCCUGUGUCCUGUGAACUGCGAGUGGGAGGAAUGGACGCCAUGGACGGAGUGCGUCAUGCCCUGCGGUGGCAACGGAACAAGGCAGCGGUCGCGCGGCAAGACCGCCCCAGCUCAUGGUGGGGAGGACUGCGUGGGUGACUCGACGGAGGUCUCCUCCUGCACCGUGCUGGGCGGCUGCUCCGUGAACUGCUCCUGGGAGGACUGGAACGAGUGGACCGCCUGCUCAGCAUCCUGCGGAGAGGGGAACCGAAUCAGGUUUCGUUUCGUGGCCGACGAGGCACGGGGCCCCCAUGGCCAGGUGUGCCACGGCCAGCCCCAGGAGGAGGAGUUCUGCAACCCUGACAUCACCUGCCCCGUCGACUGCUUCUUCAACGACUGGACGGACUGGGGUGCUUGUGAGCCCAUGCCUUGUGGCCCCGCCAAGAAGCUGCGAGCCAGGACGAAGAUGGCGGCGCGUUAUGGCGGCAAGCCCUGCGAGGGCAACUCCAGUGAGGUGGAGGAGUGCACAGUUCCUGGUGGGAGAGUCAUCGAGUGCGAUGAGAACGGCAAGCCGGUCACCUCAACGUCCACCACCAUCACGACCACAACGACGUUCACGACCACGACGCAGACGAACACAACCACUACCAUCACGGUGACCAGCACGACCACCCAGACCGUUACGAACACCACGGCCGCUCCAAGCACCACCACCGGUGCGCCCGUGGUGGUCACGACUGUGGGGCUCAACGCCGAUUCCGCUGCAGCGGCCGCGGCCGCGGCUGCAGAGGAGUCUGUCCAGGGAACAGAAGCCUUGGAAGUCACCGAUCCGGAGAAGUUCGUGAAGGACGAAGCCGCGAAGAAGGCCCUCAAGGAGGCCAUUGCCCAGGAGGUCGGCAUCUCCGCUGAUGCGGUGAUCGUCAAAAGCGCCAAAGUGGAGCCGGAGGCGCCUGCAGUUCUCCUGCAGUCUCACGGCAACAAGGCCCGCCGAAGGGAGAACCCCAGUGGCCGAGUCAGCGUCGAGUAUGAGAUCGUACCUCAGAUGAGUGGCAAGACCCCUGACGAAGUCAUGGAUGCGAUGGAGCACAUGAAGCCUGAAGAGGUGGCUGAGGUCCACGAGAAGACCCUGCUGAGGAAUAACGUGCAGGGGUACGGUGUCAAGGUGGAGGACGCGAAGACGGUCGUGGUGUCAAAAUCCACUGGCAAUGCUGUCCGCCAGGCCGACCCGAUGCAUGGUGGCGGCCAGCGCUCAGCGGCCGGAGCUUGGUUGAUAGUGCCAUUGCUACGAUAUCUGUGGAGGUCGUGA